GGUGCGUAAUGGUGCACGACUGGGCGGCAGAUGUUCCACCACCGGGACACUGUCUCUGCAACACUUUAUCUGAACCCUUUCAACUUACUUUUCUCGGCGGAGGCGUGCGUUAACUUGCUCCCCUGCCUUUUUAAAAGUUAUCUGAGGAAAAAAAAAAGAGGAAGAAAUAGAAAAGUCCGGGUUACUUCUUCAAACCGUCCCGGUUUCACCGGGGAGUUGUCGUCAUCAGCACCCCAGAUAUACUGUACCCCCCACCCUCCCUUAGCUUCGUAAAUGGAUGGGGCAAUCUUGGUCUAUGCAAUUCAACACAGGCCAAAAGAUUGGAAACAACUUGAAAAUAUCCGUCAGUUUGUCCGGCUGCUUCGCUGCAGCUCAACUCUGAGGACUUUUCUCCUGCAUUUGUGCUUUUUACUGGAGGAAGGACUCUGCUCAAAGUUUACAACAGAAAGAAAAGCUCAGCGCUGAAGUGGCAGCUCUCACACUAUAGCCACCGCUAUGGAUUGUAUGCAUUUAUUGAUGUACUUUUCACUCACUCAAGUAUGUUUGGACCUUAUUUUUGCUGCAGAAACACAAGAAAAACUCUCUGGAAAGUUAAGUGAAUAUGGUCUUAUCGUGCCAUUCAGCACAGACUCCCAUGGCCGGUACAUUUCUCACGUGGUCUCAGCUCGAAGCAGAAGUAAAGGUGGUGGUGCUGCUGAUGCCGGCUCAGCCUUUAGCAGCAGGAGAAGAGUGGCCCGCGAUGCCCCUGAGAUGCCCUCGGUCACCUCUUCUGCAGCUCAACACUUGUUUUUCAACGUCACUGUGUUUGGGAAAGAACUGCACCUCUGCCUGAGAGCCAACAGGAGGCUGGUGGCCCCGGGGGCGUUUGUGGAAUGGCAUGAGGACUUUGAGGAAAAGGUCAAGGAACAUAUCCACAGGGACUGUGUUUUCACUGGAGAUGUGAGUGACAUGCCAGAAGCCUCAGUGGCUAUCAGCAACUGUGAUGGACUGGCAGGUCUGAUCCGGACUGAUAGUGGGGAGUUUUUCAUUGAACCCCUUGAGAAGGGCCAACAGGACGUGGAAGCAAAGGGGCGUGUUCACGUGGUCUACCGCAGGUCAGCCAUCAAGCAGGAGACGGCCCAGCAGAGGGAGGACCUCCACAAUGAAGUGGCGGACUUUGUGAUCGCAGACCUCCCCGCAGCCCUGGAUCUCGUCGAACAUAAACUGUCUGAAUCUGAACGCAAGAAGAGACAUGCGAAGAAAGACGACUACAACAUCGAGGUGCUGCUGGCUGUGGACGACUCAGUGGUGCGCUUCCAUGGCAAGGAGCAUGUGCAGAAUUAUGUUCUUACGCUCAUGAACAUAGUUGAUGAAAUCUACCAUGAUGAAUCUUUGGGAACCAGCAUCAACAUUGUCCUUGUCCGCAUGAUCAUAGUCGGGUACCGACAGUCUAUAAGCCUAAUCGAGCGUGGCAACCCAUCCCGCAGCCUGGAGCAGGUGUGCCGAUGGGCCAACACGCAGCAGCGCCGCGAUCCCGACCAUGCAGAAUACCACGACCAUGCCAUCUUCCUCACAAGGCAAGAUUUUGGUCCCGCAGGUAUGCAAGGUUAUGCUCCAGUCACAGGGAUGUGCCACCCACUGAGGAGCUGCACUUUGAACCAUGAGGACGGCUUCUCCUCAGCCUUUGUGGUAGCUCAUGAAACCGGCCAUGUGUUAGGAAUGGAGCAUGAUGGGCAGGGGAAUCGUUGCGCUGAUGAGACCAGUAUGGGCAGCAUUAUGGCACCACUUGUCCAAGCAGCUUUCCACCGCUAUCACUGGUCACGUUGCAGUAAGCAGGAGCUCAAUCGAUACAUCCACUCCUAUGAUUGCCUGCUGGAUGAUCCCUUUGAACACAAGUGGCCAAAGCUCCCUGAGCUUCCUGGAAUAAAUUAUUCAAUGGACGAGCAGUGCCGCUUUGAUUUUGGCGUUGGUUAUAAAAUGUGCACCGCUUUUCGAACCUAUGACCCUUGUAAGCAACUGUGGUGCAGCCAUCCAGACAACCAGUACUUUUGUAAAACCAAAAAAGGCCCUCCAGUGGAUGGAACAGAGUGUGCACCGGGAAAGUGGUGCUUCAAGGGCCACUGCAUCUGGAGAUCCAGCCAGCAGCCUCAGGGCCAUGAUGGGAACUGGGGCUCCUGGUCAAAGUUCGGCUCUUGUUCCAGAACUUGUGGCGGUGGAGUUCGCUCGCGCAGCAGACAGUGCAACAACCCUCCGCCGGCCUAUGAUGGUCGAGAUUGUCCUGGCUCUGCUUUUGACUACCAAAUGUGCAACACAGAGGAGUGUGCUGGUCCCUAUGAGGACUUCCGCGCUCAGCAGUGCAUCCAGAGGAGCAACAAGUACCAUAAAAACAUCAAGCACACCUGGCUACCAUAUGAGCACCCAGAUGAUGCCCGCAAGUGUGAACUGAGUUGCAAGUCAAAGGAAACAGGAGAGGUGGUGUUCAUGAACCAGGUGAUGCAUGAUGGGACGCGCUGCAGCUACUCAGACCCCUUUGCUGUGUGCGCUAGAGGAGAGUGUCUGCAUGUCGGCUGCGACAAGGAGGUUGGUUCUUACAAACAAGAAGACAAAUGUGGAGUGUGUGAGGGAGACAACUCCCACUGUCGCACUGUGAAGCUGACACUCACCAAGACACCCAAAAAGAAUGGAAUGCUGAAAAUGUUUGACAUCCCAGUAGGAGCCCGCCACAUUGUAAUUGAGGAGAACGAGACCUCUCCUCAUAUAAUUGCUGUGAAGAAUCAAGUUACUGGAAACUUCAUCCUGAAUGCAAAAAGUGAGGAUGCUGAGUCAAAGACUUUCAUUGGAAAUGGUUUACAGUGGGAGUAUGCCAUUGAUGGGGAAAAGGAGACCCUGAAAACAACUGGUCCUUUGCCUGAAGGCAUCAUAGUGCUGGUAAUUCCCCAGGAAGAAGAUACAAAAGUCAGCUUGACAUACAAGUAUAUAAUACAUGAGGACCUGUUACCACUUAUUACCAACAACAAUGUACUUCUGGCUGAACUGGACACUUAUGAGUGGGUACUGAAGAGCUGGUCUCAGUGCUCCAAGCCUUGUGGGGGAGGUAUUCAGUACACAAAAUAUGGGUGUAGGAGGAAGAGUGACAGCCGUUUGGUGCAUCGAAACUUUUGUGAAACCAGCAAAAAGCCCAAACCCAUCCGCAAACGCUGCAAUGAUCAAGAGUGCAGCCAGCCGACGUGGGAGGUGGAAGAGUGGAGCCCCUGCAGUAAGACCUGCGGGAAACUUGGCUACCAGACCAGGGUGGUGCAGUGCAUGCAGGAACUCCACAACGGCACCAGCAGGCCUGUCCACAGCAAACACUGCACUGAGGAUCGUCCUGAGACAAGGAGAGCCUGUAACCACACAGUGUGCCCUGUCCAGUGGAGGACAGGGGCGUGGUCUCAGUGUUCUGUGACCUGUGGCGACGGGAUUCAGCAAAGACAGGUGGUUUGCAAGGACAGCGACAAUAUCAUUGGAGAAUGUGAGGGCGAGAAGCCAGAAACAGUCCUCAUUUGCAAACUAAGUCCUUGUCCGGGACAGCCCGUGACUUCUCUUACAGUUGAAAACUUCACAAUAAAAUAUGAGGCUGUAGCCGAAACUGUUCCUGAAAACCCUGUCCACAGAAUUUCCUCUAAUGAGCCAUGUCUCGGGGAUAAAUCAAUUUUCUGUCAAAUGGAGGUUCUUGCCCGUUACUGUUCCAUCCCUGGUUAUUAUAAGCUUUGCUGUGAGUCUUGCAACAAGAAAGAAAACCUUGCUUCGCAUGCUCCUGAGCUCCAAAACACCCCUGUGUCUUCAGUGGAACUUGAGACUUCCUCUCCUUCUCACUCAUCCUCAGCCAAGGCUCCUCUGUCUGCUACGACACAGAGCCCACCACACACCACUACAGCCAUCAGUAUGCGGCUGCCGACCACCGCCAUGCCAACCACCACUGUUGCUGCUGAAACCUUUCUGGGUACUGCCCUGCCUCAGGGUCCCACCAGUGACUCCUUCCUCAUGUCUGGAAAGGAAGACUCAGACCCUUGGCCUCUUCUACCUCCAGGGUCUCCACAGCAGCCCACAGCAGACUCCACUGGAGAUGCCUCAUAAAAGGGCAGUACAAACAGCACUUUAGGCCCAUUCACUGCCAGAUCAAGAAGGGACGAUUUAGAACCCGGGGACUUGAGUCACAGAACCUUGUCAGUGCAGAAAUAAACAGUGAGCGAUGUUGUGAACAUGCUGUUCAGUGAGACUUUGCAGCAUCUGAUAGACUUGAAGUCUUGCUGCAGAUAUUUUCUUUCUUUUUUACAAAGUUUUUUUUUCCAUGCAGGUGAACUUAAACCAGACCAGUGACGGUUACCUCAUCAAAACUCCAGAGCAUUCUGUGCACAGCAUCACCCUGCCCUCUGGGCUUCAAAUAUGAAGCGGAAGAAAAAUAAGUUAAGCCAAAGGUGCUGUAAAUUAAAAUGACUAAAAGAUGUGUUCAAAAUGUGAUGACUGCAUUGCUACAUUCAUGUUUUUAUCUGUGUACAGCUGUGUAAGCCUGUCUUUUUUUCAAGUGCAUUAGAACUACUAUUGAACUUAUAUUGUGAACAUGAGGAGAGGCCAAAGGCUGUGGUUUUGGAGAUACACGUCAUAUGGAGUUUCGAGUGUGUCACUAAAUCCAAACUUUAUCCCAAUCCAUUGCCUGCUACAGUUUCCAUCUUUUGAUUAUGCUCACAUUUGAAAAUGAGUUAGCAGUGUGACACCUAAAAAUGAAAUAAGGUCAAACCCAAAAACCAAUUUCAAUGAUUUUAUAUUUUGUAUGGAGCUACAUCCAUAAGGCAGUUAGCUUAUCUUAGCAUAAAGACUAGAAGCAGGGGGAAAUCGCUAACCUGGCAUCAAAAGCUCACUAAUUAACAUGUUACUAUAUAUGGUGUUUGUUUCAUCUCUAUGCAAACAGAAAUGUUAAAAAUAGCAAUGUUUGGUUUUAAAGAAUUAAGUGCUAUAAAUAUUUUUUGGCAGACAACAGCUAGGAGCAGUGACCUUUCAGUCAGCCAAACUAACAUACAGUAAAUGCUGUUUACUGAGAAAUAAUUCCUGCUCCUAAACCAGUCAUCUUUUUUUUUUGUUUUGUUUUUGUUUUUACAAUUUUAGGACAUAUUUGUUCCCUUUGGACAGAACCAGGCAGCAGUGAUUAUUGCCUCCCAACUGCAGAUUUAUAUUUACCAUACAAAUAUUUGAGUGGUAUCCAUCUUACCACUUAAUGUAAUUCUCAGCAAAACAGCUAAUAAUAUAAUAUUUCUCAAAAUAUUAUUCAAAUAGAGAAAGAUAAAACAUUGCUCUUUGUUUCACUGCUCACCCUUAGAACACAUAAUUUGGAGCCAUACACCUAAUGUAUUUCAAUAAAACUCUUGUUAAGUCUGUAACUAUUCCAGUGGCACACUCCAGACUCCAUAGUCCUGGCACAGAGCUUCAUGGCUUCUCUGUCCCUGGUGCUCAUUUUGUUGUCUAACUCCAACAUACUGGUGAUUAUCCUCACUGGUAAAAACUCUUUACAGUGUCAUGCCAACCCCACUGUAGCCCUCUGUCUGCCUGUGUGGAAGUUAGUCGCUUUAAAAACAGAAAGAAAAAACUCAUGAUGAUUUUUGUAACUGAUAUAUUUUUCAGAUAAUAAUGUAUAUAGUUUAAAUUUCAAGUUAUGAAAAGAAAUGAACAAACAGGAACUGAAAGAAAAGUAAGUUGCAAUUGAAAAAUACAGGCAAUGCUGUAAGCCUACAGACUGUGGUUGGUCAUACUGUUACACUAUUCCUGCAUUGCAGUUCAUGACAUCAUUAAGUUUCUUGUAUAGUUCUUGUAUAUACGUACAUGAAUGAAAGCUUUAAAUGUUAAUAUUUAUUGAAUUUUUAAGUGGUAUGGAGAACAUAGUAAAAA